ACAAAAUGUGUGCGGAGCUAAUUGUGGCAAAUGAACGUGCAACUCGCAACUAGAAAAGUGGCCAGAAGACACGUACACCCUAAGUUAGAAUAAAUAUUCCGUCCCAUUUGUCCGCUAUGGUUCACGUUUUGCCUUGCCACCAAUUUGCUGGUGACCCGAAGACACUAGCUUUGUCUCAAGACCCCCUGACGAUCUUCGCCUCCCGGACCCAGCUGUUUGUGGCCACCCUGCAGCACAGUGUUAACGUGUACCGGCUUGGGGACGGUUCGUCCGAAGGUCAUGGGUCACUCCAGCACAGUUUCACCACAGCGGGGCUGGUUCAACAGGGAGUGCACUGUACCACCGGCAACUACAUCGCCACCCUGGAGGUGCAAGGCAACGCACAGCACCAGACGACUUCCCUGCGGGUGUACUUCAACUGGGAGAUGAGUGGGCGGCACCUGGCUGUCCGGGCUCGAGUUGCCGGAGGCGACAUCCGGGAGCGAGGCGCUACCGUCUCCACGUACCAUCUGGACCGGCGACCCAGUGCUGGCCGCCAGUUCGAGCUAGUAGAGGUGCAGACCCCCGCCCCAGCCCAGUGUCUGGCCUGCUGCCCGGCCACAGGGAACCUGGCUGCCGGGGUGGACAACACAGUGUCAGUCUACCAGUUCUUGGCCGAGUGCAUGGACUUUGAUUGGCUGAUCCAGCUGCGCAUGGGCCUGAUGGUGCGGGAGGUGUGCAUGUGCGAGGGAACCAUCGCCUGCAUGGGAACGCAGGAGUUGCAGGUGGUAAAAGUCCGUGUCUGGGACAUGGCUGGCCGGGAGGCACUGCGCGGUCGGUCGGUCACAGACACCGAGAUUGUCAAGACCCAGCGCGGCAAGCGCCGGGUACCGCUGCUGAUCCGGCCGGCACCCUCUUCCCUCAACGGCUCUGAGUCAGACGGCACCGGCAACCAGACCCCAGCCUCGCCGUCCGCCUGGAAGCCUGCCGCCACUGAGCAGCGGAAGGGAAAGUCACGGGAGGCCUGCCAGGCCCAGCCCUACUUUGUCAUCGCCGAGGGAGCGGCUUUGGACUGGGACUUUGGGAUCGAGACCACCUUUGGCACCAAUGGCAGCAGGGCAACAUCUGCCCAGCAAACCACCCCGGGCAACGCGUCUGUGUAUCUCCCAAGCAUCCAAUCAGAGGAUCCCUACUUUGAAAGCUCUGAGGACAACUGGGAGAUGAUGGGCCCAGUCGGCAGAUUUGAGGGGCACCCAACUCACAUUCUGUUUCCGAGGAGGCGUACUCGCAAGUUGAAGACAGCAUUGACUCAGUUACUCUAUCGCCGCUUCAUGUCCGAUAUUUCUGAGGGUGAUAACAGUCUGCAGUCCCUACAGCUCCUCCCCACUUAUGCUACUGCUUCCAGCAGCAAGACAGAGCCCAGCAAUGAUCUCCUAGAGAGCAACAAUGCCCAGAACCUGGCUGGCCUGUGCUGCUUCUUCAGUGCCGCCCGGGAGGGCUACCUGUAUGAGGUUCAGCCUAGGCCGCGCCUGCUGACAGAGUACACCUACAAGGCCGAGGCCUUGCAGGUGAAGGCGGGGCGAAGCCUGCUGUACGCCCUCACUCAGAAUGGGCUGGAGACCUACACGCUGCGGACCAUGGCCGCCGCCCUGCCCAACAUGGAGGCCGUCGACAACAUUGCCAAUACCUGCCCCCCUGCCACAAUGGACAUCAGCCUGGUCGGUCUAGAGCCCUACCUUGGCGUGACGCAGAUUACCAUCAGCCAGGACCACGUCAUGCUCCUAUCCAAGGCCAAAGACAACUCAGGGCAAGCCAUGCCAACCAGAGGUGAGAUGAGCGCCAGCAUAUCCAGCAAAGCCAGUGCGGUGUAUGUCCUGGAGCAGGCCCCUCUGACUGCUGUCUACCGGUCGCUGGCCGAUCUCGGGGAGCGCUACCGCAGCACCAGCCCCAUUGGCUACCUGCAGAGCCUGCUGGAGGGCCACCUGCUGCUGAGGACGGCCGCCAACCUGGAAAGGGAGAACCCUCGUCACCAGCAGACUGAGCAGAAAGAUUCUCAGAGUUCCGAAUCGUCUGACGAACUGCGCUCUCUCUACCUGCAAUCCUGUCUGCAGCUGGCCUUGCACUACUGCAGAGGAGAAACAACGGAUUGGCAUCUGACACUACCAUACUUCAACAUGUCCGAACUUCCCCUGCAGAAAAUUAUCCAGCUUUGCCCGAAGCCGUACACGGCCUUUGAGGAUGAGGAGAUCGUGACCGGGGCAGGGUCUGGCAUGAUCCACUACUUAGACUGGGCGCUCUUUGACGAGAACAGCACGGUAGAGGUUGAUCAGGAGAUGGCAGACAACAUCUUGAAGUAUUUCAUGUCCCUGGCACCCCAGCAUUGUAGCAAAGUGGUGCUCUUCUCUAAGAUUGCAUCUCUCGUCAGUCCCGACAAUGCCCUGAGCGUCCUAUCUAAAGUCAGAGACGCCCAUCAAGCAGGACAUCAUGUGAACUUUGUUGGAAUUCCAGGAAGAUAUGUCUGGGGCAACCUGGACCGCUUGGCCCUGUCGGAGGCGUACCUGCGGCUGGGCGAUCUGGAGCAGGCGGCCACCACCCUCUGCACCCUGUCCGGGGAGGAGAUCACCCAGCUCUGCACUCAGCACUCGUCCCUCCUGCUACAGGGAGAAGACCAGUUCUCACACCUGGCCCAGUUAAUUCGGCAACAGGAGCCGGAGAGCCUGCUGUCUGCCCUGGUUCAGCUCAUUGAUGAGAACACUGUCUCUCUCUUCACUUGCAUCAAGCUGCUCAGGGAUGAGAACGAGUCACUGACCUCGCUGGCCAACAGUCACCUCAAACGCUUCCUGGAGGAGGUCGUGUCCACCAACCAUCGCCACACGGUGCUCCCUGGUGCAGCAGAGCUGCUGGUGGAGGUAUACUUUGAACGUUUGAAGAAAGGAAUGUCCAAGGGUGCCCCCCUACGCCAAUCAUCGAGACACACCCAUAUUUUCUCUGGAGGGGGCUGUUUCCACAAGACACCUGAAUGGAUGGAUUACCUUCCACCCUUUCAAGGGCCAGAGUCGCUGACGUUCAAAUGCCUGCAGGCCGUCAGCCCCAGCAAUGCCAGGCCGGCAAGGGGGUUUAUGGGUCGCCUGCAGACCCCCAUCCUGGGCAAAUUUGGAGGUGGUCCCUGGCCAAAUGCACCUGGCCAAUCGCAGCAGAGCAGGCAAGCAGGGGCUGAUUGGAAGGGGGAGGAGCAGAUUGUGUGUCCAUGCUGCUGCUGUAACGAUGAUCUACUCAAUAUUCAGAGCCUUAUCACCUCCCCCUGUGCCAGUCCUGCUCUGGCUAGGCAGGUCAUGGGACUGAUCAAAGCUUUGAAAGUGACCACACCCCCUCCAGCCAUACCUUCCCCAAGUGAGACAACUGUGGCAAUGGCCACGCCUUCUGAGGCCACACCUGCUGCUGUCACACCCACCACCCCUGCUUUGAGCCAGUCCCUGCAGUCCCUGGACACAGUCUGUCGGUCAGUGCUCGAUCCCCAGGCCAUCCUGGAGCUGCUGAUCAAAGAGCAUCCUGGGCUGGUCCUUGAUUACGCCCAGGACACGUUUGGCAAGGACACCGCAAAAUGGAAGGAGCUGCUGAAGAUGCUCUUGGAUCGAGGGGCGGAGAUGAGUUUGACAUCCGAGGGGGACGGAGAUGGGAGCAGGGAGGUGCCAUCCACUGAGCAAGCCGACUACCUGCAGAUCUUGACAGGGGUCCUGGGUCACGCCAGUAACCUCCUGGCUCCCGAGGAGCUUCUCCGGUGUCUGCCAAGCGAGGGCUCACUCUCUUUCUUCCUGCCGUACCUGAGGCAGAGCUGCUGUCGGCAGAAUGCGCAGGUGCUGCACCGGAGGCUGAUCAAGAUGCUCGCCAUAUAGAAAGAUGUAAAACUGUGUCUCUGUUGGGCUGUGAACUUGUGAGAAUAAGUUCAAAAAGCUGUGGUUAAGAAUCAAGGGUUUCAUUCCAAAAUAAGUUAUACGCCAUUCAAAAAAUGAGCAAAUCACAAUUAUUAAAUAUUUACAAACAAACAAAGGGCACUGGGUCUCUCUAAAUGUUGUUUUGCACUGUUAAUACUCAUUGAGUUUUUUUUCUUUUCACUGAGUAAAACUCCUAGAAAUUUGCUGAAGGCAACCGCGAGAAGAUGAAAUCGGGAAAGGACCAAAAUUGCGCUCACUAAAUUUUGGAAAUAUACAUGUACUCUUCAAAGGAUGGAAUACAAUGACAUGGAUAUUUGUAGUGGAAUAUUUCAGAAGUCACUGUUCUAAAGUCAUCCAUAUCUCCAAUUCUUUUGAAUGACAUUACUUGGUAGUUUCAUUGGAUAGAAGGAAAGGUAAAGUGUCUUGAAGUCUAAAACUCAAUGUGACAGAUUGCAUUGUUGUGCUGAGAUAUAGUCAAGCAUACUCAUUUACAAAUGCUUACGCAUUACAUAGGAACUGGGCACAACAGAAUUUUGUCCCCUGUAGCGUAAUAGUUGUUUUGUAGCCUGAGCAAAGUCCUGGUCCAAUUGCCAGGAACUCUGCAGAUAUACAUAGCAAAUAUAACUUGAGAACCACCCGGUAGCAGUUUCGCCUGUAAUUUUUAUUUUUUGCUGAGCAUGUUUUCCUGCUUAGCAGAUUGUAGCAGUGCCUUGAAUUCGACCCUCCCUCUUUGCUGUAAGUGGAAAACAAAAAAAUGCAAUUUAUAAAGAGUACGUGGUGACCACUUCUAGAUGCUUAUCAGCAAAGAAGAAUUAAAGUCUUAAGCUCAAGGCCAGAGAACUCUAAUAUCAGGAUUUGUUCGAAAGAGGAUAUUGCAAAAUGAAAUUUUGUUAAAGGGUUUACCCUUUGAAAGGAGCCUGUAUAUUUUGAUCUACAUAAUUGUAUAUUUCUGUUGGUCGGUGUUGAUCCUGAUUAUUUUCAAUUCCUGAAAUCCAGCCAGAUUUAUCUAGUCCAGUUUAAAGUUUCGAUGCUGUAGGUGCUAUUUAUUUUUCAGUUAAUGUGGCGCUGAAAUACUGUGUGCUAAAUGUUAUCAAAUGUUAAUCAAUAACUGGAAUAAAAAAAUUGCACUCUUGUUUUAUU